AUGGCGCCGCAAGGACGGAAGGGACAGGCUUCUGGGCAGAAGUCAGAUGGUGCGAAAAGAACUCGAGCCACUAGAAGGAGUGUGGAUCGAAAUAAUCACGUCGAUCUGAAGAAUGGUCAGAUUACACCCAAGAUCGAGGAUGAGGUCGACAAGGGUGAAAAAUCCGAAGAACAGUCACAAGACGAGAACGGCAACGAACCUGCCACCAAUGAAAGUAUCCCAGAGGAUGAUUCGGAACCUGACUCCGAGGAAAUCCCUUCUGGUGAGUCAUCUCCAGAUAAUAGUGCUGACGAGUACAUGGAGGAUAGUGAACCAGAGAAGAGUAACGAGGAUAUUUCUGAGCCAGCAACUAAGAAAAGCAAGUACUUUGCCGAUUCUGAUGAUGAAGAAGAGACUGAUAUACCCACUUCCCAUAUACCUUACUCCAACAUGGCUCUACACCCUAACUCGCUGUCCUUCAUUCAAGUCCUAGAAAAGAACAAUAAUCGAGAGUGGUUCAAAUCACAUGAUGCCGAGUUCAAAAAGGCCAAACAAAACUGGGACACUUUUAUCCUUUCCUUGGCAGCUUUGUGCCACAAGAACCACCCCGAACAUGUGCCUGCUGAGAUUCCUCUCAUCAAGCUGCAGUUUCGAAUCCAUAGAGACAUGCGAUUCUCAAACGGACUGCCCUACAAGCCUCGUUGGAUGGGUGGAUUCAGUCCUACCGGAUGCAAAGGUAUAUUCCCAAAAUACUUCCUUGUCGUCUGGCCCUCUCAUGUGGUCGUGGGGGCUGGAUACAGCGCCAUGGGAGAUGCUGAUGUCGGUCCUAAGACGUUGAAAGGACUCAAGGAUGAAAUUCAGGAAACUGAGGGCGAAUGUAUUGCUAAGAUCCUUCGAAAGGUGCAAAAGAAGUCUGCUGGUCUGGUAUUCAAAAGCAGAUUCGAUGAUGCAGAAGGUCUCAUGAAGGAGUUUCUGGAAAUGAAUGUGACUGAGAACAUGUACAAAUACGUUCCCAAGGGCUAUGACGCUGAGUCUCCCGCUGCUGGAUUACUUAAGUUGAGAUCUUUCGUGAUUAAAAUCCAGCUGGAGACUACAGUGGUGAUGGAAAAAGACGGCGCCCAGAUCAUGGCCAGCUACUUCAAGUUCCUGAUCCCGUGGGUCAAAUUUCUUAGCAAGUACUUUCCUCCAGGCCGGGGUGGCUAA